AUGUGCAACAUCAUUAGAACAAAACCCAAGGCUACCUGUCCGCCCUCACCGCCAAUGAUAUCUUCUGCAGGCCUCAAAGCUGCGCUCGAGCGCGACAGCCUGGUGAGUCUCGAGUUGCGAACCGCGCGAGCCAGGAUAGACUGAUUCCCGCUGGUCCUACCCCAGUGGGAUGGAAUGGGCUUGACUGCAGCAGCUCGGCUACGUCGCUGCGAACCAGCGCGCAAAUCUCUGCAAGCCACAGUCAGAGUCGGAAUAAGUCAGGCGUCAGAGCAGUCUAAGCUAGCCGAUUGA